GUCAGUGAAGGGUUAAGGGUUUUCGGAGGAGGUACUUCUGGGAACAGGCAGCCAUCACGUUUCUGCUCCUCUGAACCAUAACUGCGCAACUGACAUCAAAGCCAGACUCACUUCCGCCAUAGGGUCGAUUCUUCUCUCACAUACACAACCAGUCUCAGGGAGGAUGUCUGUCUCCAUGACCAAAGGCGAGGGGCUCACUGUGUUCACUAUGACCUUUGACUCCCAAAGUCCCUGUCCGCCACUGUGCCAAAUCGUCAAGUCCCUCUGCUACAGCCCAGUGUGCUGCACUGUGUCCGAGCAGCUGAGGACGGUUCAGAGAAUGUCUCAGUCAGUACUUGGGGCUCUGCACAUUAUGAUUGGUUUGCUCAACAUUGGCCUCGGAGUGAUUCUCCUGAAGAGUGGAAGUGGCUCUGGAAGGCAAAUGGACGAAAACUGCUUUCCUGUUUGGAUGGCAAUACUGUUUAUUUUAUUCGGUGUGAUGUGCAUUCUCUCGGAGAAGUUCCCCAGUCUGUGUCUGGUCAGCAUCAAUGUGAUUCUGAACAUGACGGGAAUUGCUUUCGCCAUAACAGCCAUCGUACUCUACAGCAUCAACAUGGUAGACGUGGACUUGUGGUGGAUGUGUAGAGAUGACUAUAAUGGAUUCAGAUACGACGAUCAAAUCACCACGUCUCCCGAGAUCAGCAUCAUCCUGAAGAAAUGCAUCAUGGGCCGAACUCUGACUCUGAUACUCCUAAGAGGCAUCAAUGGCGUGUUGAUCGUCCUGUCGGCCCUGGAGCUCUGCGUCAGCAUCAGCUCUGUCGUCCUGGGGAUCAAAGCUCUGAGGAGCUGGGACAAGAGAGGAAAUGAGAAAACAGACGACCUGGAGCAGCACAAACCUCUUCUGGAGGAAUUCACCGCCUAGUAACACUGAAGACUGAACUAAGAUCUCUGCAUUGUACCAUCAGGUACCAGGAAGUGUACUCGUUUGCUUUUGUGUCAUUGUGUGUUCUGUAACAUGAUGAACAAUGAUUUAACUCCGCUAAACCUCUUUUACUACAAGGUUUAGUUACAAUAUAUUUGCACUAGCUCUGCAGAGUAGUUUUGAUUAUAAUCUAAACAGUAAAUGCUGCUUUCCAUUUAUUAAAAGAAAAUUUAUGUAGAUCUUUAGUUGCAUAUGUUUUGUGUUUCAGUUGGUUUGUAGGGAAAAGGGAGAUUCAUGCAUGCAUGUGUCUGCAUGUGGGUUAGGGUCUGAUACGCAUUUCUUUUGCUUUUAUACAACAUUAAACCAUGUUAAAAAUAAAGGUUUCAAAACUA